AUGCAAAUGGACGGCCCAGCACCUUCCCUCUCUCACGGGAAGAACGAAGAAGCAGGUUUCAUCUCCACCAUCCUGCAAUACCACUGUGAUGCCAGCCUGGAGGUAGGGCAGACUCAGCAGGCUAAGGGUAGAGUCCGCAAUGAGAUCACCCUCAUUUCAGAUGCCAGCUGCAAGUUUGGGGGUCCUCAAGCUACCAGCACUUCUGACCAACUGGCCACUAACUCAGGGGAGCCCAUUACUCCUUUAUGCUUGAGAAUUCAUGAGAAUGACUCACAGAACUCAGGAAGUCUCUAUAGUUAUGAUUGCAAUUUUGUAAUAUACGGUACAAAUGAGGAUGGGUCAGGUGAAAAGACAUGCGAGCUACAUCAUCCCUCUCAAGGCUUCCGUUUUGGAACUGUCCGGGAGAGCAGUGCUGAAGACUAUGUGAGGCAAAGCUUCCCAGAGAUGCAUGAGUAUAUGAGAAGGUACAAUGUACCAGCCACCCUGGAUGGAGUGGCAUAUCUAAAGAAUGAUCCAGAGAAACUAGAUGCCUUCAUCAUGGACAAAGCCCUUCUGGACUACGAAGUGUCAGUAGAUGCUGACUGCAAACUUCUAACUGUGGGGAAGCCAUUUGCCAUAGAAGGGUACGGCAUUGGUCUCCCUCCCAACUCUCCUUUUACCUCCAAUAUAUCCGAGCUAAUCAGUCAAUACAAGUCACACGGGUUUAUGGAUGUGCUACAUGACAAGUGGUAUAAGGUGGUUCCCUGUGGCAAGAGAAGUUUUGCUGUCACUGAGACUUUGCAGAUGGGCAUCAAACACUUCUCUGGACUCUUCAUGCUGCUGUGCAUUGGAUUUGGUCUGUCCAUCUUGACCACCAUUGGUGAGCACAUAGUAUACAGGCUGCUGCUGCCACGCAUCAAGAACAAAUCUAGGCUGCAAUACUGGCUCCACACCAGUCAGAGAUUACACAGAGCACUAAACACAUCAUUUGUAGAAGAAAAACAACAGCGUUUCAAGACUAAACGUGUGGAAAAGAGGUCCAGUGUGGGGCCCCGUCACCUCAGUGUGUGGAAUACUUCCAACCUGAGUCAUGACAAUCGACGAAAGUACAUCUUUAAUGAGGAGGGAGGACCACACCAGCUGGGCAUCCGGACCCACCAGGACAUUCCUCUCCCGCCAAGGAGACGAGAGCUCCCUGCCUCGCUGAGCACCAACGGGAAAGCAGACUCCCACAGCGGGGCUCGGAACUCAGUGAUGCAAGAGCUGUCGGAGCUGGAGAGGCAGAUUCAGGUGAUCCGCCAGGAGCUGCAGCUGGCCGUGAGCCGGAAAACGGAGCUGGAAGAGUAUCAGAGGACAACUCGAACUUGUGAGCCCUGAGUGGCCAUGCUGCUCCGCUCUCUCACUUCCUGGCCUUCCUCUGAGCCCUUGAGACACUUUGUAAUGCUCUUUUGUAACUACUGACCAAGGCGGGGGGAAGCUGAGGUUUGGGUCUUCUUAAGAGGUCAAGUGUGCUCUCCCUCACCUGCAAAGCAGCGGCCAGUCUUCUCAAGCUCAUUCCUAGGUCUCCUGGGUAGGUGUGUUUUUCAGAGCAGAAAUCUUAGUCAGGAUUAAACGCCAUGUGAGGGAUCUGUGAAAAACCAGACAACCCCAGCUCCUGUUAACCUUUUCACCAGGUGCCACAUUACUAAUUCUGGUUUUUAGCCCAUUCUGUGCACUAUCAACUAUAAGAGAUAAAAGUGUUAACCGUAUCUGUGUCUUCUUGGGUUGUUGGUUUUAAUCUUAGUAUAUGAAAGUGAAAGCCGUUCAGUCGUAUCCGACUCUUUGCAACCCCAUGGACUAUACAGUCCAUGGAAUUCUCUAGGCCAGAAUACUGGAGUGGGUAGCCUUUCCCUUUCCAAAUCUUAAUAUAGAGCAGGGUUAUUCAGGGCUGUGACUUUUGCUACAGCUCCCCAGUCUAGAUGUGUCCCCACAGUCUGAAUGGGGAGCCAGGGAAGAGCUAGAGACACUUGGGAUGGGGAGGUGGGCACUUAGAAAAGUCGGCUGAACUCAUUCAUAUUACAGCAGGCUGAUGACUGACUGGAUCAGGCAAGAGCCCUGGUUUUAAAAGGGUCCUGGAUCUCUGACACCAUCCUAACAUUGGGUAGGAACAUGUUUACAUGUUCCACUAUGAAAGGGGACAGAGAUGCAGUGAGCAGGAAGAGGAUGAGCAGAUGAGGCAUUAAAAUGUACACCAUGCUUUUUGAACAAAAUUAAAGUUUGCUAAGGAAUGAAUAGGGCUCUACUUCUAGCUAAGCAUCUACACUAUAGUGUGUGCCUUUUAUAAAGCAAAAGAGAGACAGAAACAAGGCAAGGCUGUGACCUUAGGAUGAGACUGGGAUAUUCCUGCUAACUGCCUGCAUAGGACAUGUGAGCUGGUACUGUGGGUUAAUGGAGAUGUUCUGCAAGCCAUGUACUGGGCUGUUCUCAGAUCAGCAGUCACCUAUGUCUUAGCUGUAGGACUCCCAGAGAUGAACCUCAAGACUGUGUACAUCACAAGCUUAAGCUUUCAGGAAUGUGCCUUGUGCUUUUCAUAUCUCUAUGGAUCCCUACCAAGUCAGUCUUGCAGCCUCGUACCCCCUCAUCUGUAAGAAACUGUGAACAGGCAUUGGUCCCUCUGAUUCUCCCGCAAACCCUAUGUAAUGGUUGAUAUGAGUAAGCGGUUUCCCCUGUGCCUACGCAUCCCUUUCCCAGUGUAUAAAGGCUUGGACAUGCGGAAUGGGAAAGGAGUAUGGACACUAUAGAACAAUUCUCAAUCCCCUAGGGUUUGAUCACCCAAUCUCAUUAGGGUGCUGACUGCCAGGGCUCAUUCCCAAAGGAUGAGGUGGGAAAGGAGGUGGGUGUGGGCUCAGAAACCUCCUGUUACUGACACCGCCACGUGACUGACAUGUGGUCUAAAAAUGACUCUUCGAAAAACACUGUUCUAGAAGUUUGGCUGUUCCAAGGUAUGAGGAGAAUUGAGAAGAAACUUUUAUGAGCUUUUCUCAGAAGUCUUCAGCACACACCUGCUGAUUCACUGUCCACACAACCAUUCUCACCCCAGGGCACCAUGUCAGACUAGACUUCCUUGUCUAUCAGUUCCUUGCUUUAUUUUCUCAGCUGCUUAUCGUCUUUGCUCCAUCCCAAUCAAUUUGAAACCUACAAUGACUGAGCACUGUGCCAAGCACUAUGUUCUGUAAGUUGCAGAUCACUGCAAAAGCUCCUUAAAUGCAAAAUUUCUUCCCCUACUUUUGGAUGCAAUCCCUGAAUUCCCACCAAGAGCUGCCCAGUGCCCCAGGGAAAGAUAACACUUCAAGCUGCAAGUAAGAUAACACUUGAGCAAUUAGUUAGUUGUCUGAGAAACCCCUGGGGUGUAUAUAGGCUUAGAGAUUUUGAUGAGGUAGGGUUCUUCUAAUGUUAGACUUUAUCAACGUCACAGAUGAAACCAUUCAACAAUGAGGGGACAGUGAGCCCUGGAAACAGAAAGGACAACUCUGUUUUGAAAUGCCCACCCUCCCACGUUCUCACCCCAGACCCAGAAGCAGGUUUGCAGCUGCCUUUGGAAGACUAUGCCCCUUAGCGAUCCAAUCCCACCUGCAACAGCUAAGGAUGCUCUCGAGACUCUGCCACCACGCUCUGCACUGCUAACCUCUGCACAGCCUGGAAGGCUGACGUACAGGUGUACCUCAACUCAUGUAACAGCCAUGCUCCUAAUGUUGUACGUGGACACUUUUAUAACUCAGCUCAAAUUCUGACUACUUAAGAAGCUGGCUACUUAAAGGAACCCAGAGGUGAAUUCUUUUGUAAAGAAUCCUUUUGUAAUGCAAUUAAUUAUCCCUUAAUGUAUCUGUUUUGUAAGUUUGGAUUUUUGUAUAUCAGGUUUACCUUAAGCUUCUCUCCUGAGGCAUUCUGAGCAGUGGUGAUAACAUGCCAGACCACCCUGCCCAUCCACAAAGUAGAUGACCAGGGCAUGGCUCCUCAAAUAUCUCCUGGUGAACUAUGUGGCCGAAACUGCAGCCAGGAUGCAGCCAGAAGCUGCAGGGGCUGAAAGCAGGCUUAUUGUUGUCAGCAUUGCUUGAAUUGCCUCCAUGUUCUGGACAAAGAAAAACAAAGAAUAGUUGCUUGCGGUGAAAUGAAGCAGUCUUCAUGUUAAGUAGCAAUGAUUAUUUUUAUCAGUAGUAAUUGACCAGUGUUUUGCAAUUUGUGAAAGUGUGUUGUAUUUUGUAAAAAGAUUUCAUGAAAUGGUGGGUCCUCUGAAAACCUUCCUUGUUCUGCUCCACCCCUCUUCUCUCAGCUCCCCUCAGGCUCAAGAAACACAAAGAUCAGAAGUUUUCAGGUGGAGGGUAGUUUUCUGGUGAAGAGGAAAGAGGCAGGGGAUUCUAACUUGCCUCCUACUGUGGAUCCUGUUUCAUGAGGUCAGAUCUAUUUUUUCCAAGGUCUGAUGUUGGGAAACCAGGAACACAACAGGCCCACUGUCACACACCCGAUCCUGUUUACAAGGGGGAAUUCCUGGUCCAGGAAGCAUAUAAUGAAUAGGACUGAGUGAGUUGGGACAGACGGGGCUACUGGUUCAUGUAAAUAAUGAAAACAAGGGCUCUAGAGUUUGGAUGCCCAAGGUGAAGGAGCAGGGGGAUGCCUCCAACAAUUGAAGACAUGUUGGAAUAAAUGUCUGGGCCAGACAAGUGAGGCAGCCACAGGGACCCAACCGGGUGAAGUCUUUAACAUGCCUGGGGGCGACUCUCCAUUAUCCACAGAUCUUGUUGCACAAACCUUAUUUGGGAGUCGUUGCUUCCGUGCCCACCAGAUUAGUGGUAAGUGGAGCAGCUGCCAAGCAGGACAGAGCUAUGCCAUCUGGGCAACAGACUUCUCAGUGCUGAUGCUGGGUCUGGUAGAGCCUUGGGGCUAGUGAGCCCUUCCUUGGUGUGGAUAAAAACUGAAGGAAAAAAAACGACAGAGCCUCUCUUCCUCCCCACUCAUAUUUUUGAUAGGCAAAUCAGAAAAUUCAUCCAGUCCUCAGAAGGGACUGAUAUCUAGUCAUCAAAACCACUUCACUCUGCCACAUUUAGUUGUUCUUCACUCACCCAUGUCCAUCUAAUCCAGGAUGCCCCUAUUCUUUUAGUUCCUGUUUUCUGAAAAUAACGUACCUAUAAGUAUUUUCUUAAGGUUUGUAAAGAGUGUUUGCAUUGUGUCUUUCAUUUUAAUGUGUUUGCAAUCGCUCCGCUCCAGGAAGGACUGAACUGCUGUCUUGUGAGCAUGAAGUGAACAGGCUGUUUUGCUCCAGCCACUUUUCUUGUACAAUUACGUGGAUGGACUAGAUGUCCUCAGGUCUUUUCCAUCUUCAGUUUCUAUGACUGUGGAAUAAAUGUUCAGAUAGAAACAUCA